CCGUACAGGUGACGUCAUUUCCAUCUUACACCGGAAGUGUGAGUUGGCCGACAGGGGAUAGCAAGAUGUCUGCCAUAUUUAAUUUCCAGAGUCUGUUGACGGUCAUCUUACUGCUCAUCUGCACAUGCGCGUACAUACGGUCCCUCACUCCCAGCCUGUUGGACAAGAACAAAACAGGAUUCCUUGGAAUAUUCUGGAAGUGUGCAAGAAUAGGCGAGCGCAAGAGCCCGUACGUAGCGUUUUGCUGCAUCGUCAUGGCCUUCACCAUCUUAUUCUCAGAGUAACGUCGCAGGAUUUGAAUAAGAUGAUUUCCAAAAACAGCUUCGAGACUCUCCAGCAGGGAACAAGAUGUGUAUUUAGGUGACAUUCAGAAGAGUUAAUGCAUGUGAAAGAGCUCUCGAUCUCCAGAGUAAGUGUUUCUCAGCCUCACGGAGCUGCUUGUACAUACAGAUUUUCAGUUUUUGGUCUCCACAAUGAAGCUCCGGUUGUCUUUGACUCAUGAACUCAAUGCUGUUGUUGUUGUUGUUGGAGCUGACAUGUUUAACGCGGGACAUCGAGGAUGAAUCUGGAUAUCAUGCUAUCAUUGUUCACUUAAAUCUGUUGACUCUUUUACAUGUGCCGAUGUUCGCAUUAAAGAUGAAUUUAUUACUGAACGUUCAUUUUUGUGUGUAUUAGAGAAUAAGAUUGUUGAUGUGACUGAUACUGAUUGCUGAUUAAUAUGAUUCUAAUGUGAAUACUGUUCGAUUUCUGUAUCAUUAGUAAGUAAGAUGAGAUUAAUGAAAAUGAUUUAAUCAGCAGAAUGUUUUUUUUUGUUUUGUUUUAUUUUUACACUCCUGUGGUUUAAACUUAAAGGUGCAGUAUGUAUGUUUGACACUCAGGGGUUGAACUAGGUAUUGCAUUCCUGGAUCAAAACAAACACAAGCGCAGGUUGCCAGAUUGACGACCAAGGAGCGAGUCUGACAAUCGAGCCUAAAGGCGGAUUUAAACUGUAGGGAUGGUUUACAGUUUAACCCAAAGAAUGACUAGUCUGGUAGCCGGAGUCAGAGAUUUAAAUAAAUAAAUCAAGUUUACUGAA